AUGCCGUAUCGACGACGUUCGCGAUCACAUUCACGGAGACGCAGAAGUCGUUCUCGUACUCCACGCAGGGAUGUUGUAUCACUUUCAUUAGUACCCGUAGGGCGUCGUCGACGGUUACGCUCACGUUCACGAUCACUUUUGGGUUAUGAUUUGCUAGAGCUAUUAUCAAGCAGAAGGCGCAGACGGUCGAGAUCAAGAUCGCGUCGGAGCUUAUAUAGACCAAGAUCACGUCGUCGUCGCUCAAGCGUUCCUCGUCGUCGUUCGAGCUCUCGCCGUCGCCGAUCUGUAUCACGUCGCCGUAUGCUCCCUCGACGUCGCCUUUCCCGUUCGCGCGGUCGUUCUCGUUCUCGCUCCGGUUCUCGAAUAUACCGUUAUCGGUAA